GCGGUGGCGGUGGCUGUGGUUGUGGCUGUGCGGAGCUCGGCGCAAUCAGGCCGGGAUGGGACGGCGUGGGACGGGCGCAGGGACGCCGGCGGGCGGGCUCCACUUGGGCUCUGGCCGCCGCGCACCAACUCCGAAGUGCCAGGGAGGAGCCGGGGGCGCGGGGCGCUGAGCGCAGAGCUCCGAGCCAGAGCCGGAGCCCGAGCCCAAGCCGGAGCUGCCACCGCCGCCGCCGCCGCCACCCUCGCCACCCUUGCCCCCCUCGCCCCCCUCGCUGCUGCUGCGUCUGGGGAGGAGCCGCCGCCGCCGAGGGAGCGCGCAGCCAUGCCCACUGGGGCUCGCUAACUGCCUGGGGACGGUCACCGCGCCUGGGCGAGCCGCCGCGGCCACCGGCGAGGGGCGCGCGGCGGGGGCAUCCGGAGCCCCUGCCUCCUCCUCAGCCCGUGCUGCUUUCCCCACCUCGCACCCCCAGUGAUGCUCGAUGAGAUGAACGUCCUCCGCUUCGAGGCUGCCCCAGUCGUCACCGCGUCGGCCGGGGGUCCAUCCGGCCACUGACCUGCCGCCUUGGCCGCCCCCGGGCAGCCCCGGGCUCCGAGGACCAUGCCUCCCCCGGCCCUGCUGGCGCUUCCGAACCUGCUCCGGCUCCUCCUGGCACUCGCCGCGCUCUGGUGCCCAGUGAUGGAGAGCCGGGGAAUCAUGGACAGUCUCCAGAGAUUUUCCUCAUUGCCUGCCUAUCUCCCCAUGAGCUACCAUAUCUGCAAUGCUGAGGUCUCCUUCUUUCUGAAAGAGGCCAACCAGGACCUCAUGAAGAACUCCAGUCUGCAGUCCAGGGUGGAGUCCUUCUUCAUCUAUCGAGCCAAGGAGCCCCCCAUCGUGAAUGCCAGUUAUGGCCCCUUUUCUGUGGAGCAGGUGAUCCCCCGAGACUUCCUGCUGACCUUGGCACCCUUUGGCCACUCGGAGAAAUUUACUUUUAAUUGGAAACUAAAAUCACACAUCCUCGACAGCUCCAUCUAUUCUAACAGACCUAAAGUGCAGACAUUGUUUUAUGUCACAGGAAUGGACUGGGAGGAGAACAACCCAGUGGAAGACUUGCCAUGUGUGAAGAUGUUUGCCAUUCUAGAGGCUAGGGAGGUGGUGGCCAGCUGUAGGCUGCAGGGGGACCUGGGGCUUUGUGUUGCAGAGCUCGAGCUGUUACCCGAUUGGUUUGACCCUGUCUCAGUCCUGGAUCCUGAGGCAGAGGCUGAGGCUGAAUCAGCAGCAGGAGGCACCCCUGUGGAACUGUUUUACAAACUGUGCUCUGCUGAUGAGUGGGGCAAGUGUUCUCCAGAGGAUGGCAAGUGGGAGAACAAUAUCCAUUCAGGACAAGAGAAUGCUCAUAAAGGGUUUUCCCCUAUGGAGAGGAUUGGCAGCAUAGUAGUCUACCCAACUCAGGACCAGAUGAAGCGGUCCCUAGUGAGGCUAGAUGACAACCUUGUGAUCUCUCUGCCACUCAACCCUGUCCGGGAAGGGGACACUGUCACCUUCUUUGUGUCCCUGGCUGGUGACUCUACUGCAAACCACUUUACUCUCAGCAUAAAAGCUGCUCCCAGGCUCAAGAUCAUGGCUGUGAGAGUCAGCAAUGAAGAUGAGUGGGAGAUCCAGGAGGAAAUUGAUAAUGGAGAGACACAGACAACAGCAACCCUUGUGUGUGUGGGCCAUAUUCCAGAUAUUGAGAACAGAGUAAACACCUCCUUCUACGAGGUUUUGCAGAUGGACUUUGAAAUCGACAACAGCAGCGGGCUGGCGGGGGCUCAGCAAGUUACCUGGCAGAUCGAGUACCCUGACAAAGACUCAGCAGGUGAGCUGGUGGUCUCAGAGAUCUUCAUCAGCCAGACAACGUUCGUCGGCAUCGUUCCGCUGGCAAUGGACACGGAAGUAUUGAACACAGCUAUUCUGACGGGGAAGGCGGUCUCAGUUCCGGUCAAAGUGGUUGCCGUUGGAGAGGAUGGCUCUGUGGUCGAUGUUUCUGAUGAAGUGGAGUGUAAGUCCACAGAUGAAGAUGUCAUUAAGGUCUCUGAUAGCUGUGACUCCAUCUUUGUGAAUGGAAAGGAGAUGAAGAGUAAAGUGGACACCAUUGUGAACUUCACGUACCAACAUUUCACUACCCAGCUUGAAGUGACUGUCUGGGUCCCAAGGCUGCCUUUGCAGAUUGAGAUCUCAGACACAGAGCUGAGCCAGAUCAAGGGAUGGAGAAUCCCCGUUGCUCCCAACAAAAGGCCUACUCGAGAUAGUGACGAUGAUGAGGAUGAUGAAAAGAAAGGAAGAGGCUGCACCCUUCAGUACCAGCAUGCCAUGGUGCGCGUAUUGACGCAGUUUGUGGCUGAGUCAUUGGAUUUAGGAGGCCAGCUGACCUAUAUGUUGGGCUCUGAUUGGCAGUUUGACAUCACCGAUCUAGUGGUAGAUUUCAUGAAGGUGGAGGAACCAAGAAUUGCUACAUUACAAGAUGGCAGAACACUGGUUGGUCGUGAGCAGGGAAUAACAACGGUGCAGGUCCUGUCACCUCUCUCUGAUUCCAUCUUGGCUGAGAAGACAGUUAUAGUACUAGAUGACCGGGUCACGAUCACAGACCUAGGGGUACAACUCGUGGCUGGCGUAUCUCUUUCCCUGCAACCCAACAAAGGAAACAAAAGAGCCAUUGUUUCAACAGCAUCUGCUCGUGAUAUUCUUCAUGCCCCACAACAGGAAGCAAUAGUCAGUUCUUGGCUUUUGUUCAGUGAUGGCUCCGUGACUCCUUUAGAUAUUUAUGAUCCUAAGGAUUUUGCUGUUGCUGUCACAUCACUGGAUGAGAUGGUGGUAUCUGCCCAGCCAAGCCUUCAGUCCAAGUGGCCCAUUGUGGUUGCUGAGGGGGAAGGGCAAGGGCCCUUGAUCAAGUUAGAAAUGAUGAUCAGUGAACCUUGUCAGAAGACCAAGAGAAAGAGCGUCCUUGCAGUCGGGAAAGGAAGCGUCAGGGUAAAAUUUGGGCAGAAAGUGGAUGAGAACCAAGGAAGCACCAAUGAUAUUGAGGGUGUCAAUCGUGAAUAUAAAGAGCACCUCAGUAAUUCCAUAGAGAGGGAAGGAGACCAGGAAAGGGCCAUACAGGAAUGGUCCAAACAUGGCACUUCUAUUGGCCAAGAAGAAAGUGGCAAUAAAUCCACGACCCCACAGUCAUCUCUAGAGGGAAAGGGAAAUAAGUUCCUUGAGAAAGGCCAACUCCAGAAUAAUCCAGAUGCCUUCACAAGUUUCCCUACCCAAGUGGAGUUACCAGAGCCAAAUAAUCCCAAUGAUCUUUCACUAACCUCUAGGGGGUUAACAGACUUAGAGAUUGGCAUGUAUGCCCUCCUCUGCGUCUUCUGCCUGGCCAUUUUAGUCUUCUUAAUCAACUGUGUGGCAUUUGCUUGGAAGUACAGGCACAAAAGGUUUUCAGUGAGCGAGCAAGGAAAUAUCCCCCACUCUCACGACUGGGUUUGGCUUGGGAAUGAAGUGGAGCUCUUGGAGAACCCUGUCGACAUCUCCCUUCCAUCGGAGGAGUGCACCACCAUGCUCGACCGUGGGAUGCAAUUCGAGGAAAGCAACUUCCUUCUAAAUGGCAGCUCUCAGACGGCACUGCACAGCCAACUCCUUAGGCCUUCUGAUUACGUUUAUGAAAAAGAAUUAAAAAGUGAACCUCUAAAUCCUGGCCCGAAAAGGAAACGAGUCAAGUUCACUUCGUACACCACUAUUCUCCCAGAGGAUGGAGGCCCGUACACCAACUCUAUCCUCUUUGACAGUGAUGAUAACAUCAAGUGGGUUUGCCCAGAUAUGAGUCUUGGGGACUCGCAGGAGUUUAGAGACUAUAUGGAAAGACUGCAAGACCAGAUGUAAACUACUUUAUUAUGUUUGUAUUCACCUUUAUGCCUUCUGUUUUGGAAUGGUGGAGCAGGAAGUCCUGUCAGCAAUAGGGGAGGAUGAAGCUGAGCUCAAGACGUGGAGGUCUGGAUGGACCACUUCACAUGCGGGUAGCAGAGCGAUGAUGGUUUCAUUUGAAGCCAGGGCAUGCCCCUCUCAAAAACCAUGUGGCGGAUACUGGAAGGGUUUGGGGGGAAGGGGUCUAAGACAGCCAUUUUUUGAUACUGCCUGGUACUAGCACAGUGCUAAUACAAAUAAACUCCGCCCCCUCGGGACACAGUGUGAGAUUCAUGGCAUCUCAUGAUGGAUAGCCAUUUGGAAUUAGAGAGGACCUGGGGGUUGAUUUUUUUUCUAUUCCUAGUCCUUUGUAAAGCACAGUGGACAUUUCCUUGCCCUUGGCCUGAGAAUAGACAUCUUUGAAAGAUAAUUGAAUGUAGCCAUUUCAUUUUAUUUGUGAUGAGCCGUGCUCAUGGUUUUUUAUAUACAUUUAUACCAACCCCCUAGUUCAUGUGGCCUCUGGGUUUCUUUUAGACAAUGGAAGAGAAGAAAUCUCAAACUUUGUUUUUUGGGGAUUCUUUUGAUUUGUAUAAAAAUUUAAUUCCUUGUCUUUGCCAUGCUGUUUAUGAUGUGUCCAUUUGGAUGCCGAUUUUCUCCAUGUUGGCAUCCCUUAGCUUUUAGGGACAGUCCCUAAGAAUCACAUCUUUAUCUUCUCCUUUUCUUCUUCCUCUCUGGAAUCCCUGGUAGCAGGCUGGAAGGUGGGGAGGAUGUCCUUUGGCAUCUUCCUACCUACAGCUUAAAAAGUUUGGAGGGGAGGGAAUAUUAAUGGGGCAUUAGUCAGUUUAUUUUUGUCCCGGGCAACUGGAAAUUAAUGGGAAACUAGGGGGUCCUAUUUCAUAGAGGGAAAAAUGUCUCAAUUAAAACAGCUGUAUUUAUAUAAGCACGCUGUGGUCAACACAUUUUAUUAUCCAAAUGGAGAUCUAAAAUUAGAACUGAUAUUUGCAGAAAGAAAAUUGCCUAGGAAAUAGCAGAAGAUUAAACUCUCUGUGUUUCUCCUCCCCACCCUAGACAAUAAUUAUUAUUAAUAAAAAUGAUAUUCCAAUUUAUCAAUAUGUAGAAAUCCAUCUAUACAGUGACUUGGAAAAAUAUCCAUUAUCAUAAUUCUGGAAGAGAGAAAACCUUUGUAGGAUGUGCACUGAGGGAGAAAAGGGAUGGAUAUUGUCCAAAAAAAUCAUCAGAAAGAAAUGGCUGUUCCCCAGUUGAUGGAACAGUUCUUAUGAAAAAAAAAAAACCCAAACAAACAAACAAACACAAAGGCUGGGAAAAGAAAAAGAAGACAAUGAGCCAUCUUUAUAUAACUUUUAAAUGGAAAAGAAAUAUCAUUGGAAGAACAGAAUGGUUGAUCUUCAGCGAAAUGGAAAUUUAUUCUACAGCAGGGAAAAUAUGUCAAGGUCUUUAUUUUAUUUCUACUGGCACAGGGCAGACAUUGGGCUAGAGUGACCUCUCUUGGGGGCUUUCUUGAGCCACUGGUGUUUACCAAUGACAUAAGGUGAACAGCAGAGAGCUGGACAAGUCAUCUGGUCCACUUUCCUCUUUCCUGAGUAGGUUAAUGGCUGAUUGAGUCAUCCAAGACAUUGAAUCAGUAGUCUUAUUUUUAUAGAUUUCUAGGACUAGAGACUCCACAAAAUCCCCCUGAAAUAUCUUCUGAGGUUUAAUUGUGUCGGCUGUCAAGAAAGUCUUCCUUAAUUUCGUGCUUCCAGGAUUAUGGGAUUUAGUUAUACAAUGCACUAGGUACCGGGUAGAAUAUACAGGAGCCCACUGGGAGAGAAACUUCAGAUGAGUCAUGCCUGAAGUCAGCUUUUUAUGGCUGUUGCAUGUGUGGUCAAGAUCAGAGGCUUGGCAAAAUCUGAAAGUCCCUUCCUUUUGGCCAAAGGAUGAACUUUUGUGACCCCAAGAAGCAUUUGCUAUAAAAAGAAUUCUCAAUGAGAAAGAAAAAAACCAAGUGUGGAGAGAAGGAGUAGGGUGGGGGACUCUUGAGUUAGUGAAGGGAUGCCUGUGGAGUUAUUUGAACUAAAAACUAAGGUAUUUCCUGAGGAGAUGAUCCUUGUCCAAUCAAGCAGGUCAAUUACACAGAUAGAAAUCAUGGUAAAGUAGAAAGACUGAUAUAUUGAGGGUUAGGAGGAUCCAGGUUCAAAACCUAGUCUUGCUAUUUACUAUUUUUGUGGACUGGGGCAAGUAAUUUACCUGCUUUGGGCCUCAGUUUCUUCAUCUGUACAAUGAAGGGAAUUGGUCAGUUGAUCUCUAAAUUUCCUCCCAGUUUAAAUUCUAUUUAUUGGGCCUAGGAGAUUUUUAGACUAUUUUAAAUGGAUUCUUCAAAUGAGACCAGCAGAAAUUUUCUUUUCUUCUAUUUUGAGAUUCUUUGCUUGGCCUAAGAGCAUAAAUUAGGUAUAUUAAUGAAACAGAGGCCUAAACUACAUAAGGAGUGGGCCAGGCCUCCCUCUUCCUGCUGAUAACAACAGGAUUUGGAAAAAGAAAUUAAUUAUAAAAUAAAUUCAAUUAAAAGGGAGCUCACUUUUGCACUGAGAACUGUAGUUACAACAGUCUGUAAAUUAAGAGCUUUUCCUAGGAGUAGGAGGGUGCAAUGGGAGGAAAAGCACAAAGGCCUUUAGAAUUUUGGCAGCUAUAGGAGGCUACAUAGAAAAAUGCCACUUGGAUAAGGACUAAGAAGCCAGAGGUGGGCCUCUGUAACAGACUGUUAUUGUUCAUUACAAGAAACCUGAGCCCCUUAAAAAUACAUUGCAAUACUGCACCCAACCACCCCCAAAUCAAAUGGAAUCUUUGGGCUCCCACUGGCUAACAUAUCUUUUCAUUUUCCUUAGUUUAAUUUGAUAUUUUUUUCAAAUUCGAUCUCCCUAUCUUGCCCAGGCUGGACAUGCAGGAAUGACUCAUGGACUUGGUGUGAACAGCACAGAAGCUUUGACCUUCUGUUUUUUCUGACUUGGGCUGGUUUGCCCCUCCUUAAGCAGCCUGGUGGCCCCCUGUUCUUGGUGUCUAAUCAUCAUAAUGCUGAGCUUUUUAAUAAUGCUGAAAUGGCUUAGUCCAUUGCAAUUCAGCACUCCAGGCCCAAGAAGCUUCCCAGGCUCAGUCUUAGCCUCCCAAGUAGCUGGGAUUACAGGUGUGGGCCAUCACACCCCACCCAAGAUAUCAUUUAAGUAAGAGAGCAAGACAGCGUCCAGUUGUUUCAGGAGGGGCAGUUUGUAAAUACUGUGUACCUUUAAAUAACUGGUAUCCGUUUACGUAUCAGUUAUAUGCAAGAUAUGACUGUGGUUUGAUCUGCCCUCCUUGCUGAUUACUAGACACCAGGAGAAAAAAUCCUGAUCUGUCCAUAGUCUCCUUGAUUUUGGUUAUAUAGAGGGAGAAAAAACUAUGGACUGAAUGCUAUAUGCUUUUAUGAGUUGAAAUAGUCCAGUGACUGUAGAACUAUAUAGACCUGGCCAGAUCUGAUCCUUAGAUCAGAAAUAAUUGGAAAUAAUUGUGGCUUCUUUCCUUUGAGAACAAAAGCUUAGAUUUGCCCUCACAUAACUGCACUUCACUCCACAAGAUAACCAGGUUCCUAAAUUCAUAGAAUCUCAGAGUUGGGUGGGAGGAGAGGGAGAGAGAGGGGAAACAAUAAACAAACAAACAAAAAAUAAUUCACACAGUCCCCAGAUCCCAGGAUCUUAGAUUUAGAAGGGAUCUCAGCAGCCACAUCUGGGCCAACCCAGAUUGGAAAGGAAUCCCCACUAUAAUAUUCAUCCUUUUUCCACUUGGAGACAUCCAGUGGAGAGGUUGGAAGGGCCACCAUAUGUUGAGGCUGCCCAUUCCACUGUGAAAUGGUUCUCAUUGUUAGGAAGCUUAUCCUGACCUCAACUGUACACUUGCCACUUUGUAACUUUCCCAUGUUGCUCCUGGUUCUGCCUUCUUGGCCCAAGAAGAAUAGGAUCAAACCUUCUUCCACAUUUGAAAACAGCUAUCAUGCCCCUCCUCCACCCAUCUUCUUUUCUCCCAGUCUCUUAAACCUUUUCUUAUCCCCAGUCACUUCACCUGUUCCUUACUCGAUAUGAACUCAAGGUUCUUCAAUGCCCUGGUUGCAUUCUUCUGGACACUCUCCAGCUAUGAAUGUCUUUCUUAAAUUAUGGGACUAUGGAAUCCAGAAGUGAACCCAAUAUUCCAGAUGAGGUCAGACCAGGUCAGAGAACAAAGACACUAUGCCUCCCUUUUUCUAUGUCAUGCUUCUUUUAAUAAAGACCCAAAACACUUUUUUUGGCCACUGAUAAACUAACUGCAGAGUCCAUAAGAUAAUAGAUUUAGGGCUAGAAGGGAAUUUAGAAAUCAUUUCACCCAAUUCCCUUAUUUUAUAUAUGAGGAAAUUGAGACUCAGAGAGAUUAAGUGAUUUGUCCAAGAUCACAAGGACAAUAGUUAACUAGCAGAGACCAAAUUAGAACCUACAGCUUCCGAUUUUAAUUCCUAUGUUCUUCCCACUGCUCCAUGUUGCCUCCUUAUAAUCUAAUCCAUCCUUGAACAAGAAUCUCAUCUACUCCAUUUUAUUUUUAAUUUGACCCAUUAAUUAUGCACUUAAUAUAUGCCAGACACAGUCCUUCCCUUCAAGGAACUUACAUUCUACAGCACUACCAACAAGUGACUGUCCAAUGAGGGCAAAUCUACUGUUCAGUUUUUUAAAAGCAUUUAUUUAGCACCUAGUGUCUACAAGGCACUGUGCUAGGUUGUGGCAUACAAAGACAAAAACAAAGUAGUCCAUUCCCAAGGGGAGCUUAGGUUCCACAUACAUUCUACAGUUUCUUCAUCUAUAAAAUGAGGGGGAUGAAUUAGAUGGCCAGUGUGGUCCCUGUGAUCCUAUGAGUCUUCAUGACUUCCCAAGAUAGUGUGUCAGUCAAUUAAUCAUUCGAUUAAGAAGCAUUUGUUAAGUACCUAUUGUAUGACCAGCAGUAGGUUGUUGUUGGUGUUCACUUGCUUCAGUCUUGUCCAACUCUUCGUGACCUCAUUUGGGGAUUAUUAUUAUUUUUUUUUUGGCAAAGAUUACUGGAGUGG